UAUACCUAGCUAUUAGCAAGCAAGCUCCACUAAAUUCACAAUUCACAACGCUUUUAAUCCGCAUUGUUCCAGGCUCCGACCAGCAUUCAUGGAUACGAUAACGAGCAUGGUGGCCGAAAGGCCGGUGGUGAUCUUCAGCAGGACCUCUAGCUGCAUGAGCCACACCAUCAAGUCACUGAUACGUAGCUAUGGGGCAAACCCUACAGUAUACGAGCUGGAUGAAGUUGCAAAUGGGCAGGCUAUUGAAAGGGCACUGGUUCAGCACUUCCAAUGCCAACCAAGUGUGCCGGCUGUUUUCAUAGGGCAGCAGUUUAUUGGUGGAGCUGAUCAGGUCAUGAGCCUCCAAGUCCAAAACCAGCUUGUCCCACGGCUCAUAAGGGCCAACGCUAUUUGGGUUUGGAACAGAACCUGAAUAACAUUUUCCUACAAAUUCCUCAUCUAUCUACAAUUAAUAUAAUACACAUUAUAUUAUUAUAAUCUUAUAUAUAAUAAUAAUAAUAAUAAUAAUAAUAAUAAUAAUAAUAAUAAUAAUUUCAAGACGUACCUGCGUACGUCCACUAAUUAACAAAGCUCAAAUAACAGUUUUUUCUGUUCCCUCCUAGCUUUGUUUACUCUUUAGUUUCUUCUUGACUGGGCAAGGCUGAAGUUAGUUUCCUCUUGGUCUAGGUUGAAGAGGAUGAGCUUAUUAUUUAUAUGUUUUCAGUUCAUGUAAUCUCCCUUAAUUAUAUUAUGUAUGUCCAAUAAAGGCAGAGAGUUGAACUGCAA